CGCAUGAAUGACUCCUAUAAAACCCAUUUUACCCUUAAAGAAACUGGAACCCCCAAAACAUUAGCGUGGUUGUGUAUAUCUUCGCCGUCUACAAAAGUCAGAUUGCUUUAUUCGUGCCCUAAUUCCUCAUUCGCCGCUCCUGUUCUGCAAAUUACACAGAGAGCUUAACAAUGGGUGGAAGGAGCUAUUCACCUUCACCACCUAGGGGUGGUUAUGGAAGAAGAGGAAGGAGUCCUAGUCCCAGGGGUCGCUAUGGUGGUGGUAGUCGUGGAAGAGAUCUUCCAACAAGUCUUCUAGUCCGUAAUCUUCGCCAUGAUUGCCGUCCAGAAGACCUUCGGAGGCCAUUUGGACAAUUUGGUCCUCUAAAGGACAUCUAUUUGCCAAGAGAUUAUUAUAGCGGGGAGCCAAGGGGAUUUGGUUUUGUGCAAUUUGUGGACCCCGCUGAUGCUGCUGAAGCAAAAUACCAAAUGGAUGGUCAAAUUCUUUUAGGCAGGCAAUUGACUGUUGUUUUUGCUGAAGAGAAUCGGAAGAAACCUUCUGAUAUGAGAGUAAGAGAGCGCAGGGGCGGCAGAUUCAGUGACCGUAGGCGGUCACCGCCACCUCGUUACUCUCGUUCACCGCGUUACACCCGAUCUCCACCGCCUCGCUAUGCUAGAUCACCAUCCCGCAGCCGUGAUUACUCUCCACCACCAAGGAGAAGGCAGUACUCAAGGUCAAUUACUCCUCGAGACAGAAGGUACAGCCGUGAGAGGUCAUACUCACGCUCACCAGUAAGGGAGCGGUCUCUAUCUUAUGAUGAUGAUGUGCCGCCAAGGAGCCCCAUGAGGGAGACUUCACCGCCGUAUAGCCGGAGUCGUAGCCGGAGCCGGAGUCCAGUAAGGGAGCAGCUUCCGGUGAGACGCGGUGGGAGCAGGAGCCGGAGCCCUAGCCGGAGCCGGAGCAGGAGCGGUGAGCCUGGUGGUUAUUACAGGGAUGUGCCACCGCGUAGGGACGAUUCUGUUAGUCCGUGAGUUGAGCAGAGGUGGUGGUUGGUGGUAGGAGAUUUGUAGUUUGAUUGUGUGGUUUUCUUUAGUCGGCACUUUAUUUUACUUUGUCUUCUAGAUAUACUGACUAAGGUUUGUUAUGCAAUGUUAGGCCCUUUUUUGGUACCUUUGUAAGAGAAACUUAAUCGGAUAGUAUUGUUGGUUGCAAAGUGGUUUGCUCUUCGGUUUACUGCUGAUAUAUAGAAGUUAAAUAAUGGAUCUGUUGAAUUUUAA